UCGAGCAAUGGUGCACGAGGGUCCCUAUAAUUUGUUUUGGGGACCGUGGAGUGGCACUUGCUGGAUUGAUGCCUCCGUCAGUUUGGUCGGGAGCAGUGCAUUCUGUUGGAGGUCCCCCAUAGUCAAAGGGCCUUUCACCACCGAGAUGGUCGGCAAGGUACUCCCGAUUGGCCCACGAAGUUGGCGAAAUUCAUCACGAUGUGGGAGAACCGACAAUGGCAGGAUAUUGUCACUCCAACUCGAGUGGGUCGAAUGGGGUAUCAUGACCCAUACUUGGGUCAAUAUCGGCAAACAUCGAUUCGAUACAUGACUCCGGAGGGUGCGGCCGAUGGUGCAUUGGCUGAUGGGAUCGAGCGGAUCAAAGAUAUGACCUUCGGGGGAGUUGAGCUGGGCAAUGAAGAUGUGAGCUUCAUCAGAAGGAUGGCAAACAGUCUGCUUGGCUGUAUCAGAGCUCAGGGUCGGGAUCAUCGUAGAUAUCCGCCCAUGCCCGCACCCCCGCCACCUCCCAUACAAGUUGAUGUCCCCGAUCCCCCACCACCAUACAAGAGAAAGAAGAGAAAGAGGGUUCGGGAAAGGCCC